GGAGAAUGCAGCAGAGAGCGGUCAGUGGGUGAGGGAGGCCAGCAGCAGCAGCAGCAGCAGCAGCAAUAGCCCGGUGAGUCAGCUACUUGGUCAGGCGGGGGAAGGAAGCACCACAGGCAGCCUGUCGGAGGGAGAACACCCGGAGAGGAACACUUUAACCCCGGGAGACCUCAGCGAUGCGCCGAAUAACAGGGAAAUGUGGAGAGGACAGUUUGAUAGAGAUGAGCCCGGCUGAAUCUUUCAGCGAUGAUGUUAAUGUCUAUCACCAACAGGCCUCAUCCAGUGCAGGAUCCCUGCAGCAGUCAGAGUCCCCUUUAAAGGCUGAUGUGUGUGUAGAGACCUGUGAGUCUAGCAGGAACAGCCUGGCCUCCCUGGCUGCGUCUGACUGCAGUGACAGCCCACGGCUCAGCUGUCAAAGCUUAGAGAGAAUCAGUGCUUUGCCCGGGCUUUGGAGAAAACGGGCUCUAUUCCUGAAGUACCGUUCCAGGAUUGAUAAACAGAAGCUCAGCAAAGACUCUGUGUUCUUCCGAGACGGAGUGCGGAGAAUAGAUUUCAUCCUAUCAUACGUCGACGAUAAAGAUUGUGAAAAAAAACAGGAGAGAAGAAGAAUUUAUGAAGCCAACCUUGAAAAAGCAGGCCUGGAGCUGGAGACAGAAGAUAAAUCGGAGUCUGAGGAUGGUAAGACGUAUUUUGUGAAGAUCCACGCUCCAUGGGAGGUACUGGCAACCUAUGCAGAUGUGCUGAAGAUCAAGGUUCCAUUCAAAGUUAGCGACAUGCCAGACGAUCGGGAAAUGCCCAUGAACUGGCUCUCCACGCCAUUCCGCCUCCCUAAGCACAUCAUGCACCCUGAGCCAGAUUAUUUUACUGCUCCUUUUAGCAAGAGCAAGUCUGACUUCUUCCUUAUCGACAACCAGGACACGUUCUUCCCUCCCUCCACUCGCAACAGGAUAGUCUACUAUAUUCUGUCUCGCUGCCUGUAUUCCAACGAGGAAUGUGGAGAUAAGAAGGGAAUUAAGAGGUUAUUGAACAACGGCUCCUACACUUCAGCCUUCCCUCUUCAUGAUUCCAGAUACUGGAUCAGAUCCAAAGAUGCCAACUGUGAGAGUGAGCGAUAUGAUCUGUACAAUCACUGGGCGAGCUUCCUCUGCUUUUUCAAGGAGCAGCCGAUUCACCGUGUCAGGAAAUAUUAUGGUGAGAAGAUUGGCAUUUACUUCGCUUGGCUUGGUUUCUACACGGAGAUGCUGCUGUUUGCUGCCGUCGUAGGAACAAUUUGUUUCACUUACGGGUUCCUCACCUAUGAUGACAACGAGUGGAGUAAAGAAAUCUGCAGCGAUGAAAUUGGAGGCAAAAUUGUCAUGUGUCCCCUUUGUGACAAGAAAUGUGGUUUCUGGAAACUGAACACAACGUGCAACUCCUCGUGGCAAUCACACCUAUUUGACAACGUGGCCACCGUGUUUUUUGCCAUUUUCAUGGGUAUUUGGGUGACGCUGUUCCUGGAGUUCUGGAAGAGGCGCCAGGCCCGCCUGGAAUAUGAGUGGGAUCUGGUAGACUUUGAGGAAGAGCAGCAGCAGCUGCAGCUUCGUCCAGAGUAUGAAUCCAAGUGUACAAAAAGCAAGGAGAAUCCAAUCACCAAGGAACCAGAGGGGGUCCUGGACAGAACUGCCAUGUAUCUAGCAGGGAAGUUUUUUCUGUGCUGGGCUUCUGUGAUCUUAUGGAUCUCAUUGAUCAUUGCCUGCAUCAUUGGCGUAAUAGCUUACCGCUUGGCGGUGUACGCGGCCUUCGCUAGCAUCAUGAAGGACAGCCCCACCAAUCACCUGGAGGUGGUCGGCCCCUACAUUACUCCCCAGCUGGCCACCUCUGUCACAGCCUCUUGCAUCAACUUUGUCAUCAUCAUGAUCCUCAAUCUUAUGUAUGAGAGAGUGGCUGUUUGGAUCACUGACAUGGAAAUCCCAAAGACCCACUUGGAGUAUGAGAACAAGUUGACGGUGAAGAUGUUCCUCUUCCAGUUUGUUAACUACUACUCUUCCUGCUUCUACGUGGCUUUCUUUAAGGGCAAGUUUGUGGGCUAUCCUGGAAAAUAUGCCUACAUGUUUGGAAGCACCCUAAGAAACGAAGAGUGUGACCCCGGCGGCUGUCUGAUUGAGCUAACAACACAGCUGGUGAUAGUCAUGACUGGGAAACAGGUGUGGGGCAACAUUCAGGAAGCUCUGCUGCCAUGGGUGAUGAACUGGUGGGGCAGCAGGAAGGCACGGAGCCAUCCAGAGAGCCUGUACAGUCGCUGGGAGCAGGACCAUGACCUGCAGAGCUUUGGACAGCUGGGCCUCUUCUAUGAGUACCUGGAAAUGGUGAUCCAGUUUGGUUUCAUCACACUCUUCGUGGCUUCCUUCCCUUUGGCCCCCCUCUUGGCUCUUCUCAAUAACAUUAUUGAAGUCCGAGUGGACGCCUGGAAGCUCACCACACAGUUCAGGCGUCCUGUGGCAGCCAAGGCUCACAGCAUCGGAGCCUGGGAGGAAAUUCUCAACGGGAUGGCCGUACUGUCUGUAGUCACUAAUGCUUUCAUCGUGGCCUUCACCUCUGAUAUGAUGCCUCGGCUGGUGUACAUGUAUGCUUACCAGCCGCAGGGCGAGAUGAACAUGAAAGGGUACAUAAACAACAGCCUGUCUGUGUUUAACAUCUCUGAGAUCCCAGAUCGCAGCAGGCCUGAGGAGGGAGAGAACCCGGCAUGGUUUAACAGCUCCAUCACUACUUGCAGGUAUCGUGAUUAUCGUUACCCUCCUGGACAUGAGAAGGAGUAUUCCCACACCAUGCAGUUCUGGCAUAUUUUGGCUGCCAAGCUCGCUUUCAUCAUUAUCAUGGAGCAUGUUGUUUUCCUGGUCAAGUAUUUCGUGGCUUGGCUGAUUCCGGACGUUCCCUCUGAUGUGAAGGCUCGGGUCAAGAGGGAACGUUUCCUAGUGCAAGAGUAUCUUCACAACUACGAAGUGGAGAAGCUGAAAAUGCAGCUCAGCCAACAAGGCACCAAGGAAUGCACCUGUUCUCCAAUGAUCUACCCGACUUUGCCCAAACAUGAGGUGCUGUCAGAGGUCCUCUAGCGUAGCUAGCAGCUGAUCAAUCAGCAAAGCAGAUUUCAACUCUAUUCUAAUACCAAAAAUAUCAAGUAUCUGUUAUUUAAUGGGAAACCUACAGAGAACAUUAGACUAUUAUCCUCCUCUAUUCACCUGCUGACUGCAGAUUCAUCCGUUUCAAAGACCAAAUCUCUGCAUGCUGACACUUUGAGACACUUGAAUUUAAAUCUCUCUCAUAUUUAUGUCUAUUUGUAUCAUUAAAAUAGAAGUGACAAAAAAAUCAAGUUGUUCUGUUGUUUAAACCAGAAGCUGCGCUGCGUCCUUCAGAGACGGCUCACUAUUGCGUUAAUGUAGGGCUAUUUAUUUAAAGUGCCACUAAAUACUUGCCUUAUCGCGUGAUUAUUUUACCGAUUAUUUGAGACGAUGUGAGGAUUAUGUGUUUUAUCAGAUUAUAUUUAGCUUUACUUUCUACAACGGAGUAUUCGGGCCAGGAUAGAGAUUUUUUUUCUCUUAUGAGAAUAAAGUUGUAACAUUACGAGAAUAAAGUUGUAACAUUACGAGAA